GGUCGCGAGAAUGUUACAAAUCCACCAUUGCGGGCGAUGCUUUCGGCACCGUGUUGAGUCGAUAUGUGAAGAACAAGUACGCCGAGCCUCUUCAACGUGUGUUUACCAUGGCUCAAAGGGUCAUGCGGCAGACUGUCAUCGAUCUGAUAGACGGGCCUUUUGAACAUUUUCAAGUGCCCGUGUGGCGCAGGCCAUAUCUUUUACGGGAUGAAGAUUGGUUCGUAAAUUACGAAGACCAAUUGCGGCCUAUCAUACAUCUUGCAGACUCGAUUCCGGACAACAUUGAGAGAGUGAGCGCGGUCAGGGCAUAGCCGAAUUCUAGUCGCUUCCUCUCCCGAGCCGUGUUGCUUCGGCGAAUGUCAAUCUUCGGAACAUUAGCCUCAGUAAAUGGGCUGGUUGAAAGCCAUGGAUGAUCGAAAGACUGGACAGCAUGAAGUUGAAUGAGUAGAACAGCGACGAUGAACAGCCAAAACAUGAUGUCUCUAGAAUCUGCGAAUGCGACUUUGCUUAUGUUUCGACCCUCACGAAAGAUAGAGGUGGGAUGCUACGGUGGCGCAGUAGGCAUUCCAACACAAACGAGAUCGACGUGGUCUGACAGUUACAAC